AUGUCGGAUGAUCGUGGUGACGAUUUGAACUUCAACGAGCUCGUUGGUAGUCUAUUGAGCUCACACAACGCAGAUGAAAAUCGUGAAGAGCUGGGCAUCGGUACGAAAAAGCCAAUUGCUUCAAAUGAUCAUGAAAAUGGGGAAGUGGAGCUACCGGAGUUUGGUGGGGGAGAGGAGGAUGAUGCGUUGGCUGCUGUAGUUGCCAAUGCUAUACAAAAUAUGGAUGAUGAGCCUGGCGAGGUAGAGGAAGUGAAUGUACCGAGAGAAGAGAAUUUUGAGGUAGGUCAUGGGGAUGAAGAGCAGGAAGAUCAACAAUGGGCACAAAUUUUGCAACAAGGUAUUUUGCAGGGUGCUGCAGGAAGACAUGAUAGUAGUCAACAGGAAGAGCAAUUGGAUCCUGAUGAUGAGAAUCUACGGCGAGCAAUCUUAGAGUCUUUGGGUGAGUUGAAUGUUGUAGAUAGAGAGGUUACGGAGAAGGAUAGUGCAACAGAUACUAAGAGCAAAUCGAAGAAAAGUACAAAGAAGAAGAAGAAGAAGGAUAAAGAUCACAACAAGGAUAAAAGUACUAGUACUAAGAAGAAGAAACCACACAAGAAGGAUAAAGCGGGUAAAGACGACUUAUUGGAUUUCGAUGAUGUUAUCAAAGGUUUUAUGAGGCAGGGUGCGGAAGUUCCAGAGGCAGAAGAAUCAGAAGAAGUUGGAGACGCUGAGACUCAGGCUUUAGUUGAAGCUACGCUAAAAGCGUUUGAACGUGAACUGCUCAGCUCCCAAACAGCUCCCUUCGCUGCCAAACCCAAAACCUCAUCAAAAAAGAAGUCCACUGCCAAAACUAUUUCAACCACUGCAAAGGAUGAUGACAAGGGUGCAGCAAAGGCAAUAGCGACUUCGGCGGCUGAAUCAUCAAAUGUUGUUUCGGAGGCACCAAAGAAGAAGAAGAAAAAGAAGAAGCAGUCUAAAGGAGCCGAGAAAUCGAAGGAUGUUUAUGAAGAAGAUGAGUUCUCACGGGCUUUAGCCGAAAUGGUAAAUGAGGUGGUCAAGACAUCUUUAACCGACAAAACUACCGAAGCUCCCGAGAUACCUGAAGAAUCUAUACCAACUAUUCCUGAACCAAUAGCAACAUCUCCAGAGGACCAGAUCGAACAACCUGUUGAUGCUGAUCAAGGCGCCCAAGGCGAAGAGACGUUUGAUUUGAAUCAAAUUAUGCAAAAAGCCAUGUCUAUGGCUUUUCAAGAACAAACACAGGAGAAUCUCGACAAUGUAGCCAUGGAAGAGUUUAAUCGCGGACUUCGAGAUCUAAAUGUUUCAGAGAUCUUGACUACUGGGAAGCAGAAGAAGAAAUCAAAGAGUCCUCGAAGGAAAAUCAGCACGGAGAAAUCCAGGUUAGCAGGGACUACCGACUCAUCAAAGAAGAAAAUCACACCAAAGCCUGCCAUCCCAGCGGAAGAGGCUCUUCGGAAGAAAUAUUCUCAAGCUGCAACAGCCGCUGCAGCAGCCGCCCGGAAGCGUAUAGCUGCUAAAAACAAAGUCUCUAGAUUGCAAAUGAAGUCAGAGCGUAAAAAGGCUCGUGAGGAGAGAAAGUUACAGAAAAAACAAGCGAAAGAGCAAUUAGAGCUCGAAAGAAAGGAACUAGAGCUUAUUGUCGCAAAAGGCCCACCUUAUCCUCCAGAUUUGAGGCUAACAAAGAGCGGAAAACCUAAGAAGCCAUACAGAAGAUGGACGCUUGAAGAAAUGGAAAAGAGGGCGUCUAUGCCUCCAGGGGAACUGCAAAAUGUUGGUAAGGUCAAAAAGCCAAGGAAGAAGAAAUCGAAAAAGUUGAAAAAGAUGCCACUGUCGACACUGAAAAAGAUACCAAUAUUCAAUUUCAUUCGAGGAAAUGCUACAACAGAUGUUAAAAACAACCUCAAAGAUGGUGACGAGACCGUUAGGGAGCUACCGCUCCAAACGUAUCACCUAGACAUAAACAAAUUGGCUCCUCCUGACACAGUCUCUCCAGAGCAGUGGGAAAAGGAAAGGAGGAUUAAAGAGGAACAGGUUAUUGUUCCAAAGUCAAAUGGGUCUGCUCAAUUUGCCUUUGAUGCGGCACGGAAGACUGUAGUUCGCAGAGAGAAGAUACCGCUCCACCCACCAUGGAUUAUACCAAGCCAAGUACCAUUUGCACUGCCAGUGGCAAGAAGGAGAAGAAAGGAAAGACUAAAGGAACCUAAGCGAGCACACCGGAGUCUACGCGAAAGACGGAAAUCAAGAGAAGGCCGAGCUUCUUUCAGUUCCAACGUCAGGGCAAAAAUUAUUCCUGCUGUGUUAUUACCCAUCAUCAAGACACUUAAGGCGGCAGCCAGAGCGAAAUCAGCAUCUGGUGCGUCUUCAGAAGAAGCCAGCAGACACUUGGUCACAAUUAUUAGGCAUACGAAGCGGUCCAUCGCACAAACAUUAAGUAUGGCGAGAAGGCAAUCAGUGAGAAAUUAUACUGCUAUUAAAUCAGAAAGCGACCUAGAUAAAAGACCAAGUGAAGCUGGCAUCAAAAAAGCAGCAAAAAUACCCAUCUUUAGCUUGGCCAGGAUUAAACAAAUUGAUACUAGCGAAGAUGACUCAGUUAAGCUACAGAAGGCAAAUAAAUUCUCUCCAACUGUAAUCAAGCUCGAAGAUGAGCAUUCACUCGAGGACUUCGAGAAGAAGACAAAAAAACUUUCGCCGGAAGAACAGCACAUAACACAUAAAGGACAAGCCAUUGACCGUCAAGAUAGCGCAGGCGCUCAGGAAACUCCCCAGCAGGUUUUGUCACCGGACGAUUCUAUGAUAGACGAAACUUUGAGGGAGCAUUCCGCAGCUGAUAAUCAUACUUCAGCAGAACGUGAAUAUUCUCAAGAGAAUGAGACCCAACCAGCGGAUGAACAAGAGGUAUCAUCGACACAUAUGACUUUCCCUGAAAACAGUAAAGAAAAUCACGUCGAGAGCUCGCAUACGGAUUCCAGGGAUGAUGUUCCAGGGAUCCACCAGGAAAUGGACAAGAAAGAAUCAAGUGACACUAAAGAUGAUGUGUCUCGCGAAAAAGCUCGAAGGCUUGCAGAGGAGGGCCACCUUGACCCAGCAGCAAAUGAAACUUCUACAAUUCACCAAACUUCGAAUGUAGAGUCGCAUCCAGUAGAAUCACCUAGCAAACAUGGACGGCUAUCACUUUUGAAAACCGAAGUUUCAGAGGGCGCCAGCCUUGAUCAAAGUUCCCUUACCUUUUUGAAAGAUACGCUUGAUCAAAGUGAUCUGAAAGGAGAGCAAAAGGUCCUCGACGUUUUGGAUAGUCUUGUGAAGGACCAUCUUACGAACUCUGAUGAAAACUCUGUGGGUUUGCCUGCUGAUGUGCGGAAUAUUAUAUCAGCUACGAUUGAAGAAUUGAUACCCGCAAUAGAUGAACAAGAGACAAGAAUUGAAGAUGAACCACAACCCAAACGCCGGAAGGGUCCACCACCAGUGUUGAAUCUAGAUGGACUUGUACCGCCAAACAGUUUGCAUAUCAUACCCAAAAUUGAAGAGACGCCGAGACCAUCUGUUGUUAAAAAGGCCUCUCCCAAGGUUAAGAAGCCUCGUAAGAAGGCCGAGCAGCCUGUUCUCCUGUACGCUUUUGACGUUCCUGACUUUAAAAAUAUGCAGGGGAGAAGAACUAUGCUACUCAAAAGAGCUAAGAAUCAUUUAACCAACGAUGAAAUGAAUAUACUGAAGAAAGAGAUUAACAAGGAACGUAAAAGAAAAUGGAGGGACGCAAAUGUCGAGAAAAAUUGGGAAAAUGACCUGCGUGCCAGAAUGAAGAAGCGUGCAAACGCUAAGUUCGGCGAGAAUGAUUCGCUCGAGAAAGGCAAAUGGUAUCAGGAUGAAGUUAAUAAGAGUUUAGCUGAAAGGGGCAUCAAACAAGAGGACAUUGACAAAGCCAAUGAUGGUAACUCCGACAAGAAGAACAUCGGUUCGACCAAUUUAAGUGAUAAUGAAGUUUUGAAUAUGAUAGCAUCAACUUUGAAUAAACUGGAUGUCGCUCGUCUUCUUGAACAGGAGCUCAACGAGGACGCUGCAAAUUUUCCAGAGAACAAGAUUAAUGGGAAGAAAAAAGGAGUCUCAUCGAAAGAAAUGUCGACUGCCACUAGGAGCAUCGAAGGAGUCGAGCAUUCUAACGUGAUGAUUCCACCUUACAACGAGCAUGAAUCUUUCCAUGAGGAGGUAAUUAACUGCAGUGCGACUGAAGAACUAGAUGAAACCGGUAACGCCAAACGGCCCUAUCCGGACGACAUCCCAGUCAGUGUCCCUCUCAUGAAGAGACCGAAGGCUUUAAGUACGCAGGAGGAUAAAUAA